AUGGAUGCAUAUCAUGUCCUACUGGGGCGGCCAUGGCAAUACGAUAUUGAUAUCACUCAUAGGGCUCGUAAGAACACAUAUUCUUUUGUGUGGAAAAAGACGAAAAUUAUUUUGAAGCUGACAAGUAACACUCCCCAGGCCCCAAAGAAGCAAAGUGCAGGGAUUAUACUAAACAUUCGUAAAUUUGAGGGCAUGUAUAUGGUUGUGGAGAAAGGCAAUCAAGAAGCCAUUAUUCCAAUUCUGGCGGCUCUUCAGCCCUUAUUGAGGGCAUUCAGCGAUGUUAUUCCGGAGGAUCUACCUGUUGGAUUACCACCUUUGAGGGAUAUCCAACAUGAGAUUGACUUUCUUCCGGGAGCGAGCCUCCCUAAUUUGCCGCACUACCGGAUGAAUCUGAAGGAGAACCAGAUUUUGCAAGACCAAGUAGGAGAACUUCUUUGA